GACCAUUCCCAAAGCAAAUAGCUUCUGCGAUCUUCAUCCUCCUCUGGUUUCGUAUCUGAUUUGAUUUAGGGAAAGGAGAUGGGUUUCAUAAUGGAGUUUGCGGAGAAUCUGGUGCUGAGGUUAAUGGAAGAUCCGGAGGUGAGAGACAGGAAAGCGAGGGAGCACAUAUACGAGAUGCACGAGAGGUGCAAGAAGAUCAAGGAGAUGUGGGCUUUGCCUAUUCGUCCUUAUGGUUUCUGGACUUUUGAGCGUCACAAUGCUCAGCUUCGUUGGGAUCCUCAGAUCAGUCAGGUUGCUGGUCGUAGGGACCCUUAUGAUGAUCUCCUCAAGGACCAUCCUUCUUCGAACUGAUCAAACAGUGAAGGGAGAUGUGUUAUGAUGCUGUCUGGAUGCAUAUGUCUCUGUUUCGAUUAUUCCCGGUUCUACUCCCUUCGUUUCUUUUUGUUGCUCAGGUGUCUUCAAGCGUGGUACAAACUCAGUAAUAAUCACUCUAGACUUGUUUACAAAAGAGAGGAGUACACUUUCAUUGUUUCUUAAUAAAGUUGCUUUGAUUCUCCAUUUGAAAAUGAAUAUACUUUCUGAAAUGUGAUUAGUUUUUUCAUGUUAUUUAGUUUUGUUGCUCAAAUAUUACCUUCUUGGUUUACUAAGUAUAAACAAACGC